AUGACAAAUGUUCAGUCUUCUCUAGAUGAAUCAAUCCUCAUUGAUACAGUUGCUGCUGUAGUCGAGCUUGUCGAUGGCCUUGCUGAUUUGCCUACCAACCCGCCAUCGCUGUAUAUUGAUCUCGAAGGGGUGAAUUUGUCUCGCUUUGGUACAAUAUCAAUACUUCAAAUUCUGGUUCUUCCAACAAAAACUACCUAUCUCCUCGAUAUUCAUACCCUAGGAGCAUUGGCUAUCUGUACUUCCGGAAAGACCGGCAAGACACUCAAGUCUGUCUUAGAGUCGGCAAAAAUUCCGAAAGUCAUCUUUGAUGUUCGUCGUGACUCAGACGCACUGCAUGCUCACUUUGCAAUCAAAGUGGAUGGAGUCCAUGACCUUCAACUCAUGGAACUUUCUACUCGGCCGGCGUACAGGAAACGUCAUGUGAGCGGACUGGCAAAAUGCGUCGAAAUGGAUAUUGGAUUGAGCGAAGCCGACAAGAAGAUGUGGAAAGAAAUCAAAGAGAGAGGCAGGAAUCUUUUUGCACCUCAACGCGGUGGUAGCUAUGAGGUAUUCAACACACGGACGGCCCUUACCAGAUAUUGUCAGGUUGUAUUGUAUACAUGA